AUGAAGUUCGCAUUCGUCCUCCUCGCUCUAACAGGCGAGGUUUUUGGACAGGCUAUAGAGUCUCGUCCCCAGCCGCUCUCCUCAAAUCCGCUGCUUUCCUCUCGUCCACCGGUGGACUCCUCUCGUCCGCAAGUGGUCUCCUCUCGCCCGCCAGAGAUCUCCUCUCGUCCGCAAGUGGUCUCCUCUCGCCCGCCAGAUAUCUCUUCUCGUCCUCCGGUGGUCUCCUCUCGCCCGCCAGAGGUCUCCUCUCGUCCACCGGCCAACGAAACACAGUCUUCACCGCUCCAGCCGCCAGUCUCCCCAGAGGAAUCGGCCGUGGAGUCACAUCCAGUGGAAUCGGCCGUGGAGCCACAUCCGGUGGAAACGCCCGCGGCGGAAACUCCCCCAGUCGCCCCUCCGCCGUCCAAUGCCACCUAUUCUUGGCCAGGGAAGCGUCCGGAAACCUCCACUCGGUGCCCAGGUGCCCAGGCAUCUGACACCAAUCAACCCCAACUAGGGAAGCGCCAGAGAAUCUCGUGCCCACAGGGUGUUCCUCCGAUAUCUAAUGACACCAUUCCGGCAUCGAACACCACACAGCCGGCAUUUAAUAGCACUAUUCCUCGCUUAAGGAAGCGUGAGGAAACCAAGCCUGGCCGGGAAGAUUCUGCUUUGCCAUCUUCCAACACCCCUCGUGAUCAAGAACAGCCCUCGGGAACCCUCGAUAACUCAGAGGACUCUACUCCAAAAACUACCAACGCUCAUAUUGAGCCAGGGAAGCGUGCGGCAACCUCACUUGCCCAAGACGGUGCUCCGCCUGCACACCAAGCUGCGGGUGCUCUUGUGGCUGGUGCGAUUGUGGCAUGUCUCUUGUUUUAAACGACGCGAGACUGGAAGGCCGGAGACCGGUGUCUUUAGCGCAAGGCGGGCAUAGGAACAGCGCAAGUGGAU